CUCUCUCCAACGAUUCUUUCAUUUAUUUUUCACCCUUUGGUUUUUAGUUUUCCCCCCAAAGAAAGUUGUAAAUUUUGGCAUUCAUCAGAAGUAUAGUGUGGCAUUUCUCUUCCCAGUUGAAUGCAUGUCUUUCUAGUUUAUGCAGUUGUGAUUUUUUUAACUUAAAUGUUGGUUGUUUGGUGGGCAACAGUAGUCAGAUUUUUUUCUUUUUCAAAGAUGCACUAGUAGAAGAGGGAAGUACCGCAUUCCAUUUCCCUCUAAAGUUGAAGCAAAGAGUAUCUGUCAUAAAAAGCGGCAACCUUUCCUUCAAUGGGUGCUCCUAAGCAGAAAUGGACUGCAGAAGAAGAAGCUGCGUUGAAAGCUGGAGUAGUCAAACAUGGGGCAGGAAAAUGGCGCACAAUACUUACAGAUCCUGAAUUUAGUGCUAUUUUGCGCAUGCGUUCAAAUGUAGAUCUUAAGGAUAAAUGGAGGAAUAUAAAUGUCACAGCAAUAUGGGGAUCCCGGCAGAAGGCAAAACUUGCUCUUAAGAGGAGCCUACCCGCCCCCAAAAUUGACAAUAACCAUAUGGCCUUAAGUACUGUAGUUCGACAUGAUGAAGUUCUUGAUACUAAGCCUUUAGCAGUUUCUGGUGGACCAUUGCAAUCUCCUAAUUUGAAAGAACAAAUAUCAAGGUUGGUAGAUAAUCAUAUAUUGGAGGCCAUUGUCAACAUGAAGGAGCAAAAGGGUUCUGACAAAGGUGCCAUUAUUUCUUAUAUGGAGGAAAAGUAUCGGUGCCCGCCAAAUAUCAGUAAAUUACUGUCAACCAAACUGAAGCAUAUGGUAGCAAGUGGCAAAAUAAUCAAGGAGAAGCAUAAGUAUAGAAUUGCAUCAAGUUCAGCAGUCUCUGAGAAAAGAAGGUUCUCAUCAUUGGAAGGGAGGUCCAAAGAUCCUUCAGAAGCAAAUAAGAAUGAUGAUGUCAACAUCCUUUCAAAAUCACAAAUUGAUGAAGAGAUAUCAAAAGUGAAGGGCUUGACAGCUCAAGAGGCAGCUGCUGCAGCUGCAAAAGCCGUGGCAGAGGCAGAGUCUGCAAUUGCACAGGCUGAGGCAGCAGCUAGGGAGGCAGAGGCUGCAGAAGCUGAAGCUGAGGCUGCCCAAGUGUUUGCAAAAGCAGCAAUGAAGGCGCUUAAAUGCAAAAUGCUUCAUAUUUGGUUACUUAAUUAGAGGCUGAUCUGUAUGUGGUCAGACUUUCUUCAUAUGGUGUGGACACAUGAUCAAUUAUUAGCGGAGUUGACUUGAGAUUAUUGUUUUUCUGCUGCGCUUCCUCCCUGUUUUCCGUAACUGUACAUAAUUUUCGGCUUGUAAAUCUGGAAUAGUGCAGGAUGAUUCAUGAAAACAUUGUCAGGAGUCAAUAAUAGCCUUUUUUUUUUCCUUUCCGUUUUCUUAAUUUUAAAGGAAGACAAUGAGGGGAAAGCUACAAGCAGCAACGGAAGAGUGGAAAUGGCCAUGUUUUUCUGUAGUAGAAUGAUUGACAUCCACGUAGAGUAAAUGAAGAAGUAGUGUUUCAAAAGCAA